AUGAAUAGAUAUUAUGAAAAUAACGGCAAUGAUUAUGGAAAUGAUCCAUCAGACCGAUCUCGCAACUUAUUAAUCUCCACAUCAGAUGACGAUCUCGUUCGUAUCGAUAUCGAGAGUAUAACAUUUCAUCCUCAAAAAACUCAACUUUUCUCUGGAACUAUCACGGAUGAAACUUUAUCGGCUGAUGUGACCACAAGUGUCGAAUGUACCAACUUAGAAUUAUGUGUUAAACUUGGUGAAGAAGGUGUUUCUAUAAUUUUAGACCGUUACUUAGAAGAUAUUGAGUCAUCUGUGGAUGAACUUAUAAGUUUACUCGAUAGUGAUGAAAUGGAUGAUAUAGAAGAGAAAGAUUUGAAGGUUAAAGAAAUCAUUUUUAUAGAAAUUAAUCAAGUGGUUGGGUUCAAAAUGGAAAGUCGUAAUAUUUAUUUUGAGUUUGAGAAAGGAAUUAUAAGUGAGCAUUAUUGUUAUCCAUCCGAGUCUAUUUCAUCAGCAACACAAAUACCGGAAUUGACAAAUAGGUUAUUGGAGAAUGCCACACUAAUGAUUGCUAAGCCUAAGAAUCUAGUAAGCAAAGGUCGUUUGAUGAAAUUUAAAGAAGGCGUGAAUCUACAGAGGCUCGAUAGAAGUUCUUAUGAACCUACUUUCAAUUGGAAUCAAGAUACAACUUCCAAUUGGAAUCAAAAUACAACUUCCAAUUGGAACCAGAAUACAACUUCCAAUUGGAAUCAAAAUACAACUUCCAAUUGGAAUCAAUAUAUAACUUCCAAUUGGAAUCAAGAUACAACUUCCAAUUGGAAUCAAGAUACAAUUUCCAAUUGGAAUCAAGAUACAACUUCCAAUUGGAAUCAAGAUACAGUUCUUAAUAAGGAUCAACCUAAUAACAAUUUUGUCCCUGUUAACAAGAAAACCAGUGUCAAGUCACCUGAAGUCAAGAUUAAUAAUCAAUUUGCCAAUAAUAAAAUCAUUAAUCAUCAACCUAAGUAUAAUCAUAUCACAAAGCAUAAAUAUUCCUCGUUCACAAUACACUACGCAAUCGAUUCUCCAAUUCAUCGUACCACAAUAAAAAACACAUUUCAAAUUCCCGAAAAAGCAACAUUAGAGGAAUUACUUUUUUACAUAAACAAACAACAAACUACCACCUCUUCUUUUGAAGCUACACUGAAAAAUUUUUACUAUGAAAAUAAUUUUAACCAAAAAAUUAUGAUAGUUGAUGAAGAAGAUUGGAAGCUUGCUAAAUGGGAAAGAAAAAUGUCUGGCAAACCUGAAUUUUUUAUAAAAUUUUGUUGA